CGCUGGCUGGUGAUGUUGUUGAUCGGUGUCACCACAGCGUGUAUCGCAGCGUUUAUUGACGUUAUGAUUGACAAGUUGGCGGGCUGUAAAUACUCUAUUGUGCGCAAAUUUAUUGACCAUGAUCUUGAGAGUACUAGCAUCAUACUCCCUUUCCUAUUAUGGCUGACAAUUGACGUUGGCUUUGUGGCUAUAGCAGCAUUUCUUGUCGCUUAUAUUGAGCCUGUUGCUGCUGGCAGUGGUAUUCCUCAGAUCAAGUGCUACUUAAAUGGUGUUAAGAUACCACAUGUUGUACGCUUCAAGACCCUGGUUACUAAAGUCAUUGGCGUCAUCUUUGGUAUGUCAGGAGGGCUAGCUAUUGGCAAGGUUAGUAGAAUGAUUAAUUUACAGCAUUACUCACACACGUUUAUGUUAUAGUAAAAGUGUGGCGUG